UAAAUUUAAAUUUACUGGGGUGAUUUUUAAAAUAAGUUUUUUUUCAGGGGCUAAUUACAAAAAAAACUCUAUGAAUUAUAUAAAAACGUUUUGCAUCUCUGCACGUCACAGUUGACUUUUUGGCAUCUGCCAAUCUAUACGUUGUAGCUAUUUUUUAACCUCCAUUCAUAUCUCGCUCUAAAGAACUCUUGAAGUAUCAUCUUCGUAGUUCUCAUCAUCAUCUGAUCGGCGAAUCCAUGGCAGAAGCGGUGGCGAUCAUCGCGGGAUUCAAAUGGUUGGCUUCGCAAUCAUUCAUGAUCGACCUCCUCAGAAAGGGAUACUCCUACAUCGGCAUGGAUGUGGACGAAAAGCUGCAGGAUCUGCAAAAUAUCGUAAUCCCCCAAAUAGAGAUGCUGAUUGAGGCCGCAGAAAAUAGCCUGCAUAAAGACCGCCUCCAUGGUUGGCUGCGGAGCCUCGAGGAAGCAGUUUACGAAGCAGAGGACGUGCUGGACCUGCAUGACUAUUACCUUCUCGGAAAAAAAGUGAAGAGUGGUGCAGGAGGAAUCAAGGUACGUCUGGAAUCUCUUCCUCCAAUCAAAUACUUAUCAAAAAAAUUUAGUACAAAGCUGAAAAACAGCUUAGUUAAGCUGGAGAAGACUGCUGCGAAAGCCAAGGAAUUUCAGCCAUUCUUGUCCGGAGGGAGCAGUAAUGUAAGAGGAUCUGAAACUGUCAAUGAAUCAGGUCGGAGGGUCACCACCUCGCUGCUCACUCACAAAGUGUUCGGCCGAGACAAGCAGCGUGAUCAUAUCGUUAAGCUUCUGCAUGAGACGGCGGGGCUUGAACCUGAGUCUAGCUUUGUUGGAAACUAUUCUGUUGUAGCCAUCGUUGGUCUAGGAGGAGCUGGGAAGACGACUCUUGCACAGUAUGUUUGCGAUUAUGAAAGAGAAGCAGAAGGCAAGCAUUUCGAUGUCACCAUGUGGGUUCAUGUGUCCCAGAUAUUCGAUGUUAAAGAGUUGACAAGAGAGAUGGUGGAAUCAGCAUCCGGAGGGGAAUGCCCUCGCCUUGAUAAUCUCGACACCCUUCAAGGAAAAUUGGAAGGUUUCCUAAGAUCAAAGAAGUUUUUACUCGUAUUGGACGAUGUAUGGAGCAAGAAAGAGGCGGCCGAGCUGCAGUGGGAGCAAUUGCUCGCUCCUUUACGAGUGGGCAAUAGAGGAAGUAAGAUCUUAAUGACGACCCGUGAGAAGGGCGUAGCAGAUAGUUUAGACGCUAGAGACAUUUUAGACCUAAAAGAACUAGAAAAAAAUGACUUCUUGUACUUGUUCAUGUACUAUGCCUUUGGCGAUGCCAAAAUUGAUGAUAACGGCCUAUACAAGAAAUUAGAAGAGAUCGUGAGCCAGAACGAACCGAAACUGCACGGCUCUCCCUUAGCUGCGAGAAUGGUUGGUAGUCGGCUACGCAAAAGGAUGGAUGCGGACUUUUGGAAGAGGAUUUUAAGUGGAGACCUAUUGAAAGACACUAUGAAGUCUCUGUUGUGGAGUUAUCAAAACCUAGAAGCACAUUUGCAGAGGUGCUUCUCAUAUUGCAGUCUAUUUUCUAAGGGUCAGAAAAUCCGGCGCAAGAAGCUAAUUCACCUGUGGGUUGCUGAGGGCUUCAUCAAGACAGUGGAUGAGAGCGAGAGAAUUGAGGAUAUAGGCCAAGAUUACUUUGAUGAAUUGCUAUCCAGCUCUUUCUUUCAACCGACAGAAGACGAUGAUCUCUUCACUAUUCAUGAUCUAUUGCAUGAUCUAGCAGAGAUGGUUUCUAAAGAUCGAUUUCUUAGAGUUGAAGGAAAUUUGACAGAGGCAGUAGUACCUCAAGAGAUUCGUCAUCUUUCCCUCCGCGUCGAUACACUGAGUGAUCUUGUUGAGAAGAUAUGUAAUUUAAAAAAUCUCCGCACAUUGAUAUUUCUUACGACGACUGAUGAUUAUUAUUUCAUUGAUGAUCUUCUUCACAACAUAUUUGUCAAACUGAAAAAACUAAGGGUGGUGGAUAUUGGUGAAUUAGAAUUAAGAAAACUACCAGAAUCAAUUGGAGGCUUGAAGCAUCUGCGCUACCUUGAUCUUCAUAAGUCAUCAUUUAAAAUUUUGCCAAAAUUAAUUUAUACACUCUACCAUUUAGAAUUUCUGCAUAUAGAUAGAUGUGAAUUAGUGGCAAAAGGACUAGCCAACUGGAUUAAUUUGCACCAUUUAUAUUUCUCUCAAAUGAAUUUGAAUGUAGCCAGGCUUGGCUGCUUGAAACAACUGGGGAACCUAAGAAAUUUUCAGGGGUACUCGAUACAUAUUAAUGGUCUUGAGAAUGUUAAAGAAAAGGGGGAGGCCCCUGUGGAGAUAAAAGGUAUUGAGAAACUU